AUGAGUAUCCUACCUUUGGCGUAUGUUGAAGCUCGCAGUAUAACCACUCCCCCGUCUACAUGGUACCUGCCCGCAGGCUGUGCUGUUGUUGUGGUGAAGGUCAGCUCUGAGGACAGUCUGGUAAGAAAAAGAAGAGAGUGGAUUCUCCCGCCAAAGCCACUGAGGGAAAAUAAAGACUAUACUGACCGAGAAUCGAUCGCCAAGAUUCGAUCAGAUUUUGAAACUUCAGAUAAUAUUGUCUACUCCCUGGAAGGCGUCGGUGCAAACAAGUAUCCCUUCCAUGUGUUUGUAGUCGACCCUAAAAGUGGACUUAUUCGUGUGACCCAAGAGCUGGACAGGGAAGUCAUUGAUAUGUACAAUCUGUCAGGUAUUGCUACGUUCAGUGAUGGCAGAGAGGCAGAGAAAAGAAUUGAUAUACGGAUCAAGGUUGUAGAUGAGAAUGACAACUCUCCAGUGUUUGGUGUCAUCAAGCCCGUCGAUCUGGAUGAGCUCUCCCCUGUAGGAACUGUAGUCACGAAAGUCGUUGCAACUGAUGCUGACGAACAAGGGAAUAAGAACUCUCAGAUUGCCUAUUCAAUCGUGGAUCAGAAGCCAGAUAAUGGCAUGUUCUACAUGACCAGAGAUGGAACCAUCCGUGUCGCAGAGUCUAUCCUGGACAGAGAGACAAUAGAUCAGUACAUUCUGACAGUGAAAGGUCAAGAUCUAAAUGGCAGCCCAGAGGGAAACACUGGAACCGGCACUGUUACCAUUAAUAUCCAAGAUGUGAAUGACCACCCUCCCACUCUGGAAUUCGAGGAGUAUGAAGGCAGCAUUAUGGAGAACACAGAGGGUGUGGAGGUGAUGAGAUUCAAAACAGAGGACCUGGACGUGAAGGAUACAGACAACUGGGAAGCCGUGUUUGAUAUUGUCAAGGGCAACGAGGCUGGGUACUUCAGCAUCAAAACAGACCCUAACACCAAUGAGGGUGUCCUUAUGCUUGACAAGGGUGUGGAUUAUGAGAAAAUUAAAGACCUUGAACUAGGAGUAGCCGUGAGGAACAAGGCUCCACUGCAUGAAUCUGUAAAUCCUGUAGGCAUAGGAGGGGGAUCUGGAGGGGGAUCUGGUGGAGCCGGUGGAGCCGGUGGAGCCAGUGGUGCCAGUGGUGCCAGUGGUGCCAGUGGUGGUGGUACAGGGGGUGGGUCCGGAGGAUCAUCAUGGCAAAGCGGGACCACAAUUAAAACCUAUCCAAUCAAAAUCAAUGUGAAGAACCAGCCUGAAGGGCCACGCUUUGACCCCAAAGUCAAAGCUAUUCCCAUCUCAGAGGGAGACACGUCCUUUAACAUUAAAAAUGUUAUUGCCCACUACCCUGCUAUAGAUGGAGACACAGGAGAGCCAGCUGAGAAUGUCAGGUAUGCCAAAGGUUCAGAUCCUGGCAACUGGCUAAUCAUUGACCCAAAGACAGCUGAGAUCAAACUGAACAAGUUGCCUGACAGAGAAUCUCCACUCUUGGUCAAUGGGACAUACUUUGCUGAAGUACUCUGCAUUACAGACGACAUGCCGGCUAAAACAGCCACUGGCACCAUAGCCAUCCAGGUGGAAGAUUUUAAUGACCAUUGCCCCACCCUGACCAGUACAAUCCACACCCUGUGUGCCAUGGAUGAUGCUGUUAUCGUCAGCGCUGAAGAUAAUGAUGCAUUCCCUAACGGACCUCCUUUUCACUUUUCCAUUGUCCCAGAGGGCACUGAGGGCAAAUGGCAGGUGGAAUAUCUUAAUGACACUGCAGCUAUCUUGAGAUCCCAGGAGUCCUUGUGGCCUGGUAUGUACGAGGUGGAAUUUUUGGUGAAGGACGGGCAGGGAGUGGCCUGUCCAAAUCCCCAAAAAGUGAUGGUCCAGGUCUGCACCUGUGAGGAUGGAGUGGUAUGUGGAAAACGAGGCGCCAAUGGUAAACCCAGCAAGGGAACAGAGUUAGGACCUGCAGGAAUCGGAUUGCUACUACUGGGCCUUUUGCUGUUACUACUCAUUCCUCUGUUGCUGCUUUUCUGCCAAUGUGGGGCUGGUGCUGGUCUGCCAGGGGGCUUUACUGAGAUGCCUUUCGACACCAAAUCGCACCUCAUUAACUACCACACUGAGGGCCAGGGAGAGAACACGGAAGUGCCACUAAUAAACUUGCCAGUACAGACGGAUGCGGGUCCCAUCAAACAAACCAUUGGCUCAGUUAAAAACGUUUCAGCAGGAAAUAACUUCCUCACUUCCAUAGACGGACUCAAUGGGGCUGUUCAGGAGGAUGUCGGUUUUGGUUUCCAAACGGGGCAAACAAGUGGAAGUCGAUGGGAUACAAGUUACUCUGGGUUUGAGGGUAUGGAGGCAGUAGGAGGAGGAGUAGCAGGAGGAAUAGUAGGAAGUGCAGUGGGUGGAGGAAUCACUGAUGGUAUGGCUCUGCCAGACCACUUCCUGGGACACUACUACACUCAGAAAGCAUCUGGUGGCGAAAACCUUGGAGUGAAGGACGGUCUGCUGGUGUACGACUUUGAAGGUCAGGGCUCCCCUGCUGGUUCAGUGGGCUGCUGCAGCCUCCUGGAGUCUGACAAUGACCUGCAGUUUCUCGACGACCUUGGACCAAAGUUCAAGACCCUGGCAGAGGUGUGUGGGGGCAAGAAGAUCCAAACUGAAGUCAAGCAGGUGUUCACUCCACUGCCCAGUUCCUCCAUCAAAACCCCAACCUCAGUAUCAAAUUUGACAACUGCCACACAGCUGCCCCCUCUACCCAAGCUGCAGCCAACUGUCCCCAAAACAGAACAGACAGUGGUCACAGAGACAUCUCAGCAUUCUAAGGUGAAGAAAGAAAGCACAGCUACAUUGAGAGAAGGGAUGACCACAGUGAAUAAAGGGGUGACAAAUCAAGGCCAGAUGCUCCUGCUACAGCAACAGCAGCCUGUCUUCUACACCACCACCCCUGUGAUGCAGCCAAUGCACUACGUAGUCCAGCCACAAGUUCAAAACACCAUGCUGCUGGCUGAGGCACCAGCUACAAACCUGCAGGGCAUGGUCCUAGUCAACGGAACCCAGACUGGACCUGCCCAAGGCAUGGUAGUCCAGGGGCAGACAGUGAUGUCCAGUGGACAAGCCCAGGGCCCUGGCUUAGUGCUGGUUGAGAGGGGUGGGGUCCAAGGUGGUGGUGCCAACCUGAUCCACGCUGCCAACCCCUCUGGCUUGCAGACCAUGAUGGUCGUGGAGGGCAAGGUCCCAGCAGGAUCAAUGCAAGUUCUUACAGGCAGCCAGAUGCAUCAUGUUCAGGGGGGCACUCUACAGUCAGGAGGGCUUUCAGGAUCUCAGAGAGUCCUGAUGGUCGGUUCACCAACAAGCAGUGGAGGGCAGCUGGUCCAGGAGGCAGGAGGUCUGUCCCAGAAGAGCAAUCUCUUUGACUCUCAAAGAGUCCUCUACAGCCAGGAUAUGUCCACUGGUUCUCAGAGAAGCAUGUUGGGUUCCUCUUCCACCACAUCAAGCACAUCCCCCACCUACCACAAGGUAGUAGUGCAGGAAACAAGAGAAAUUCACUGA